AUGUUUUCUCCUAGUAAGUGCUCCCCCAAAGACCCUAUCAUGUCCUCCACACAGCACCAAAACGAAAACUUGGCACACGUAACAGAGUCCAUUAGUAGCCCUACCGCCUGGUAUUCGCACAGGGUCUUUCUGGUGACGUUUCGGAUCUUGCAGUUCGCUUCCACUAUCACAGCACUAGGCUUAAUAGCAUUCCUCGUCGACUCUGGUAGCACUUCCGGCUUCGAACUCGCCGUCUCGGCUAUUUCGCUCACGUACUUGAUUGUCGUUGCUUCCGCAAAACUGCCGCUGAAUUUGUACUCUGUGGUUGCCUUAUCUGCAUCCGAGGUUGUAAUCUUCGCACUAUGGGUGGGGGCUAGUGCCACUCUCGGAAUCGGCUACGAUCAGUACUCCUGCGAAAUUUACUGGUCAGGUGGCGGAUCCUACGGCUAUUUCGAUUUCAGUUACUAUUUCCAGAGCCUUUCCAAAGAGUGUAGAGUAGGCAAGGCUUCGAUCGCGUUCGCAGCGUUCUCAGCGUUUCUCUCGUUAUGUGCGCUUGCCCUAUUUUGCAAGAACGUUUCCGUGCCCAUGAACGCCGUUCUCGCUGGCAAGGUGCACACAGAGGACACGCGUGCGUACCUAUGUCGUUUUACAGGGUUGGCAAUCGCUAAUGCUUCAGUAGACGCCGAUGCUGUUGACGAGUCCGGUCCCGUGGAUGUAGAGGCCGCCCCAGCUACUGCUCUCGUCGAGGAAGAAGCCGGCGAGCCCGCUCAUCCCGCGGAUGUCGAGGUCACAAAACCUACAGUUCCUGUGAUUGCUUAG